AUGACCUCUUCUUGCAAAGAAAUCCCACUCGAAGUGUGGGAACGGCACAAGGACACAAUCUUGGGCCUUCGAUUCCACGAAGGACUCCCGCUUGAUAGCGCCAAGACGAGCUCCAGGAAUGUCGUGCAAGUCAUGCGCGAUGAACAUCAGUUUGAAGCCACGACAGCUCAGUAUGAAGCACAACUCAAGAGAUGGAGAGCGGCCAAAUACCUUAAGAGACAGGAUUGGGAGGCGCUGCUCCCAUUAUACGGUACUCUGGAACGGCAGGGCCUCAAACCACGCGUAAGGCUCGGCGACCAAAUCCUCGAGCACAAGAGAAUAGAGAAGGCCCGCCGCCGAUAUUUUCCAGGAAAGAAUAGGGUACCUCAAGAAAUCAAUGAGUUACUACCUUCAGCGCACACCCGUUUGUGGCGCCUAGAAGUCUGGCGACACGGCCAAUUUUCAGAAUAUUCCGACCAGGAAGCAGAGGCUACGAUUGUAGAUACUCUACCCUCGGCUGUUUUGAGUCGUGGAGAUGCGAAUAUGGAUAUAGAGGAGCUUCCCCUGCCGGCUACUUUGCUCCCAGCACAAAGUGAUCCAAUCUGGACUGCAACCCAGCUCGAAGCCAACACACCCAGCUCCCAGCUUACCAUCUUUCACCCAACUUUACAUUCACCUCAGCCGGACCCUGAUACAUUGAGCCAGAUAACGAGCUAUUUCAUAAGGGAGGGCGUCCUGCCCGGUUCGCCAUUUUUUCAUCCUACUGCGUGUGUUUCAUCAAGUCCGAGGAAUGAAGCAGAUGCUUUAGUAGCGCAAUACGAGCCCCAGUUGCUGCUGUCUGAUGAGCAUACAAAUACAAUGCUCCGACGUAUAUCUCGAGAAACACCCUGUCUCUCUUCCGAUACACUACUUCUACCAAAUUACAGGGGGAGCAGUAGUAUUUACAAUUCUAUACCUCCUCUGGUUGCAUGUCAGGAUGAGCCCCGAUUCGUCCUCUCUGAUGCAAAUAUUAAGCUCAUGGUCCAAAACAUGCUUCAAGAGCCCCCGAACAGUAUAUGCACGAAUCUAGCGAGUAACACUGUUCAGACCGUGUCUGAGCGGCUUGCGUCGCUACUUCGCGAUGAUUUCUUCGAAGGCGAAUGCCCUGACAACUCCGGCGCAGUUUCUACGACCAUCUCACUGUCCGAAAUCCACGGAAGGAUUCUCCUCUCAAUCGCUAAUAAUUUCGCGGGCCUAGAAGGCGUCCCGAGUGCUAUUAUUCUAGGUGUACUGAAGUCCUCGUCUGAGAUGACAGUAAACAUCCAGAAAUACCUCCAGUCUGGAAUACUAAGUAUUUCCAAGCCCCUAGCUGACAAUCUAUUCCGCGCUGCCAUCGAAGCAGGCGAUUAUGAUCUUGUCGACAUGGUUCUGAAAACCACCCAUGGCCAAGCCAAUGAGAUCGACGUGAAUGGGAUUGUUUCUAAACUGCACGGCGAAACUUUUACUGCGCUUUCAUUGGCUUCUUAUUUGCACCAGCCUGCCCUUGUCCGCAUGCUCAUUGAUUACGGAGCCAAAGUUCACGUUCCCGGGGAUUCGGUCUCGAGAAGUUGCGCAUUGACCUCACUCUACCAAGAAUACUGCGUUAUAUGGGAAAAUAUGCAAAACAAAUCUCGGUGUCCUAAGAAUGCAGAAAAAGCUGCUGAAAUCGCAAAGUUAUUGCUGGACAAAGAACCUAAUGCUGUUGUGAGAUUGCUCAAAGAUGACUUUUUUACCACGCCUUGCCAGCUGCUUGAAGUAUUAGUUCAAGCUGUGCCCCCAGAGCACCAUCACGAACUGUUUAUUCCACGAGAGGUUCAACGAUUCGGAGAGUGUGGGCAAGGAGUAUGGAGACUGGGUAGCGUUGUGGAAAAUUUGAGGCCACCGGUAGCAAUCAAGUUCAUCAAAGGCCUUUUGGCAGAGUGCAACAUGAAAUGCGCAGGGAGCUGCGCGGAGAAGAGUAGCAAGGAUCUCAAUCACCUUCUCACUCUGUCCAUAACAAAGGGCAGCAUGGACCUUACCAAUUACCUCCUGGAACAUACUAGACCGACUAUAGGAAACCUUUCGGCUGCUAUUCGCGGCGGACAACAGAACGUGGUGGAGCUCAUGUUGGAGCAAAGUGCUAUUACUCAUGGGGAAGCCAUAUGCUUAAGGAACAUGUCCCAUCAAUAUGGCUUUACUGGUCGAUGCCGAAUGCCAACGACGCCGCUAGCUGAGGCCAUAAGGACGCAAAAUUGCGGUCUCGUUAGGCAUCUGGAGGAAAGGGGUGCCCUGGAUAGAAUAUCUGACCCGUCCUUGCCCGAUCUACAAGCAGCAAUUAUCGCAACAGUGGAGAGGGGCAAUUUGCCCUAUCUCAAACAGCUUCUGGAACGAGCUCCACCCAGAAUCGGGGAAGCACUGGAAUGUGCUAUUGUAGACGCAAUAGAGCUUAAACAUGCCAAAAUCGCCGAUACACUAAUGGUAUAUCUUGCUGGGGGCGACUACGCGCCUUACCAUAUUUCGGAUCAAAUAAUGCAAUCGGCGUUAGAAAUGCAGGAUAAAGACCUGGUAUACAAGACGGUUAGGUAUUUCGGAUCAUCAGAAUUGAGCAGUGAACACUUAGAGAAGGCCGCCCGCUGGGGGGACGUGAGUAUUAUCAAAUACUUAUAUGAACUGGAGCCGAUUCGCAUUCUCAGAUAUCGCAGCAUGGCACUUGAAGUGGCGAUCGAAAACAACCACGUCGAGUUGGCGACUUUUCUUCUCGAUCGGGGUACCAAGCCUGUUGGACUUCAAAAAGCAAUAGAGGUUGGUAGCUCUGAAUUGGCGCAGCUCUUGCUAAGAUACAGCGCUGAUCCAGCCAACGAGGACGCUUUCUCACUUGCUCUUCAUGCCUCUAAUACUUCUUUUCUCAAAAUCCUAUCGGAGGCUUUCGCCUUGAUGUAUCCCAAUGGAAAGAAAGGAUUCGGCGGGAAGGCAUUGGCCACGACAUUUGAUGCUCGUGAUAGUUCAUCCCUGGAAUUCUUGGUGGGGUUGAACCUAGAUGUGAACAGCAUUGUGCCUCCGCAUGAUUCCAAACUUGGUCAUGCUACCACUAUCUUGUAUGCCAUCAAUUGGUGCGGGAAAUAUGACCCGGUGGGCAUUGAUAUGAUCAGCCAGUUACUCAAGGCUGGCGCCAGGCGUGACCGCCAGCCUCUCCAGUUGGCUGUCAUGUCUGGCAACCUGCAGAUAGUGAAGUUGCUCCUGGAUAAUGGGUUCGACGUUAACCAACCAACACUUGAGCGUCUAAGUCGCACCCCCCUGCAGCGGGCAUGCGAAUUAGGCAACUUCCAGAUGGUCGAAUACCUCCUCAAUCAAGGUGCAGAAGUCAAUGCUUUCCCAGCGGUAAAUGGUGGUGGGACCGCCCUUCAGCUUGCGGCUAUCAACGGGAAUGUGAGAGUUGUUAGGCUUCUUCUGGACAAAGAAGCUAAUAUCCAUGCUGAUCCAGCGCUAAUUCAUGGACGAACAGCUCUCGAAGCGGCGGCGGAACAUGGUCGGAUUAGUGUCCUUAAUAUUUUGCUUGAAAAAGGAGCUGAUGGAUACAGUAUGGAUGCUAUUGAAAAGGCAAAAUCAUUUGCAGAGAAGCAAAAGCAAAGGGGUUGUGAGGAGCGGCUCAAACAAGCCCUCGCUGCCUGUGCGAAUGGCAAGCAAUUGUCGGCCAAAGCGCUGCUUGAGGCAAGGGACAAUGUCAAUCGGGUUCAUCCCUUGACCGGCACCCCGCUGGUGAGCGCGGCGUUCAGGACUCAUAAGGGUAUCGUCAUGCUUCUUCUGCGGAACGGGGCUGACGUCAACGCGGCAAAUGUACACGGGACAACUGCUUUGCAUCAGGCUGCAUCACUGGGCCUAGUCGACAUGGCCCAGUGCUUGGUACUACACGGGGCCGAUUUGUAA